AGAUUCUGCUCACCGUUUUCCACUCGGCUGUGAUAGUAUUUAGUUCCGCUUCCGUGAGAAAGAGCGAGAAGCGCGAACUGGAACGGACUUCGUUUUGAUGUCACACUUUUGUGCAAGGAGAACUUGGAAACUGUUACAAUCACGAAAGACAGAAUAUAACAAUGACCACAACAGGUACCAGAAUGGCUGGAGGUAGGAAGCGGAGAUGUCAUGCAGAGGCACAAAAGCAGGAUGAAAACAUUAAAGAAGUAAAAAAUGUACAAGCUGGCAAAGCAGAUGUCUCUGAUUGUAUUCGCCAAGAAAUCGAAAGCUGUUACCGGCUCAAGAUGCCUGAAGACUUCUAUCAUUUCUGGAAAUUCUGUGAGGAAUUGGAACCUGACAAGCCAUGUGACGCUCUCAAAUCAAGUAUUGGACUUCAGCUUGUUGGACCAUAUGACAUUCUUUCUGGAAAACACAUAAACACUAAUAAAUCAAAAGAAAUAAAUUUCAACCUUCACUGGAGAUUUUUUUAUGAUCCUCCUGAAUUUCAGACAAUUAUUGUUGGAGACAGCAAAACACAAUAUCAUAUGGGAUAUUUCAGAGAUAUACCAGAUCAACUGCCAGUGUGGGUUGGUGAAACUGAAACCCAGAAAGGCUGUACAAUUUAUCAAGUUGGUGACAAUAUAUUUGCUGCUGUAAAGUUAUUUUUGUCUAAAAAGCUUAAAGAACUGACUAAUAAAAAGAGAGGUGGUUUAUUAAAAGACACAGAUGAAAAACUAACUAAAACAGCAAAACAAUUGGGUUACUCAUUGGAACAAAAAAGUUUGAAGGUGAAACAGCGAGAUAAGAAGAUAGUAACAAAGACAUUUCACGGAGCUGGUUUAGUAGUUCCUGUAGAUAAGAAUAAUGUUGGAUACAGAGAGCUUCCUGAAACAAAUGGUGGUGCCCUGGUAGAGGGGAGCUGCCUGUCAAGCCCAGUCCACGUGCUCGCCAUACCUGGGGGGGGCAACACGGUGAGAGUAACUGCAGCCAGGGCGGCAGGAACAGCGGCUGGCGUGGCCAAUGGGGAUGUGGCGUUCUGGCAUCCGCGGAUGGCCUGGGCUGCAAUAGAAGUCCCCUGCCUCUGUCGGCUGCUUCCUGGAGAAAAGCCGAACCAACGCCUUACAACUGAUGCAGCUGGGGCAAUGAUGGGCAGCCUUUUGCAGCCAGAACCAUCGCAGCUGGGACUACAACACCAACAAUGGCCUGGGACACCACCAGGGAAGCCUUCAUGGACAUUGGCCUGGUUGGAACCUGGCCAGUUACGCCAGAUGCUGGCUACUCGGGGGGGUGAUAGCCGCUGGGUAAUUGGGGGGUGGGGUACACUGGACAAAAACAGCACUGGAAGGCGGAUGCUCCCAGCACUGACUUCACAUGGCUUUAGGUGCCUUCCAGCUGCAUUCUGUGGCAAGCCUGUUAAUAGGACAAUAAAAGCACAGCUUCAGCCAUCUUUGUGCUUUACUGCCAGGCUUGCCCUGACAGGCUGAGACUGGCAUUUUAACAGGAAUAUGUAGACUUAUUAUAUCCACUGUAUAUAUGCUAUAUGUCCUCCAUUAAGAAUAUUGUUUUACAGAGAAAACUAUGGAUUUAUAAUAAAUCUUUAUGACAUAAAGCCCAUGAAUUAAAAGGUAAAAAUGAAACUUAGAGACUGC